UCAUCUCCAUUUUUUUUUUUUUUUUUUUUUCCCUCCGGCACCAAACAAUUAGAAUUAUCUCCGUCGUCAAUUGACCGAACUCCCCUUUCGUUGGUCAAUUGACUCACCUCCUUCCUUUUUUUUUCUCUUUCUUUUUUUCCUUUCCCUUUUCCCUUCCUUACCCUCCGACACUCUCCCCUCCAAUCCCCCUUGGGUGACCCCAUCAACCGACAAUGGUUGGAAGUACGCUGGCCAUGCGCUCCAAGAUGGUAUCUCCAUCCACCAUGCAGUUGUCGUCGCUGUCGCGCAGGUCGCUCUCGACGCGACCCAACCUUCGCUCCGCAUUCCCCGUGCGAUCCGGUCUCGCCCGGCAAUCUCGUCGCACCUACGCCGACGCCGCUCCCACUCCCCAGCCCAAGAAGAAGGGCUUCCGCUGGCUGCGAUGGACCUGGCGUUUGACCUGGCUCACCGGUCUCGCCUUGACCGGAAACCUGGCCUACAACAUCUACGAGCUGCGUCACCCCAUCGAUCAGGUCGAACCUGACCCUUCUAAGAAGACCCUGGUGAUCCUGGGUACUGGAUGGGGUUCCGUUUCUCUGCUCAAGAAACUCGACACUGAGAACUACAAUGUCGUCGUCGUCUCCCCCCGAAACUACUUCCUCUUCACUCCGCUGUUGCCCUCGUGUACCACCGGUCUGAUCGAGCACCGCUCCAUCAUGGAGCCCAUUCGCAACAUCCUGCGCCAGAAGCAGGCCAACGUGAAGUUCUACGAAGCCGAGGCCACCAAGAUCGACUACGAGAAGCGCGUCGUGUACAUCAGCGACGACUCCGAGAUCAAGGGUGACAUCUCCCACACCGAGGUGCCCUUCGACAUGCUGGUCGUUGGUGUCGGUGCCGAGAACGCGACCUUCGGUAUCAAGGGUGUCAAGGAGAACUCCUGCUUCCUGAAGGAGGUCGGCGACGCCCAGAAGAUCCGUAAGCGCAUCAUGGACUGCGUUGAGACCGCCAUGUUCAAGGAUCAGACCGAAGAGGAGGUCAAGCGACUGCUGCACAUGGUUGUCGUCGGUGGUGGCCCUACCGGUGUGGAAUUCGCCGGUGAGCUGCAGGACUUCUUCGAGGACGACCUGAAGAAGUGGAUCCCCGACAUCCAGAAGCACUUCCAUGUGACCCUGGUCGAGGCCCUCCCCAACGUGCUCCCCAUGUUCUCCAAGCAGCUCAUUGACUACACCGAGUCGACCUUCAAGGAGGAGGCUAUCUCCAUCCGCGCCAAGACCAUGGUCAAGAACGUCACCGACAAGUACAUCCAGGCCGAGGUCACCAAGCCCGACGGCUCCAAGGAGAUCGAGACCAUCCCCUACGGUCUGCUGGUCUGGGCCACCGGUAACGCCGUCCGCAACGUCGUUCGCGACCUUAUGAACCAGCUGCCCGCCCAGAAGAACUCGCGUCGCGGUCUCGCCGUCAACGAAUACCUGGUUGUCAACGGAACCGAGAACGUCUGGGCUGUCGGUGAUUGCGCCAUUACCAACUACGCUCCCACUGCCCAGGUUGCCAGCCAGGAAGGUGCCUUCCUGGCUCGUCUGUUCAACACCAUGGCCAAGACCGAGUCUGUUGAGCAGGAGCUGAAGCGCCUGUCCGAGGCCCAGGCCGAGGCCAAGGGUGACGACCGCAACGAGGUCUUCGACGAGAUCCGUGAGCGCCAGCGCCAGCUGCGGAGAACCAAGCAGAUUGGUCCCUUCCAGUACUCGCACCAGGGAAGUCUGGCCUACAUCGGAAAGGAGCGUGCGGUUGCGGACAUCAGCUGGCUGAGCGGCAACAUCGCAAGCGGUGGUACCAUGACCUACCUCUUCUGGCGCAGUGCCUAUCUGAGCAUGUGCUUCAGCAACCGCAACCGUGUCCUGGUCGCUGUCGACUGGAUCAAGGCCAAGCUGUUCGGCCGUGACGUGUCUCGGGAGUAAAGAGAUGAUUCCCAAUAUUGGAUAGAAUGCGGAAUCCUUGUACCACCACCAGCAAGAUAUGCGAUGCGAUGUCUAUGAAUAUUCGGAGCGAGAGCUUUUCUGUUUCAUUUCUUUUUACCCUUUCACCUGUUGAUUGUUGUAUUUUUCAUCUUUCUUUCUCACCUUGAACCUAUUCUACUUGACGCCGUUUACAUGACUACCACCUUUACCUCAAUCACUCUCUAUCCUUUGAUUUUCUUUUUUCUUUUUCUGUUCUAUAUCCAUCGAGACGGGC